AUGGCGGACAGGGCUGAAUCCGAGGCGCGGGUGGCGGAGGAGACGUUGCGCGCCUGGGAACGGUAAACUGCAGCGGAGACGUCAAGUCUGUCUUCCAAGGCGGCAAGCGGGAGCGCGCUAUCGCUGGGGGCUGCGGGAUUUGCAUUGUGCUUUCCGGGCGGCUGAGGCUGCGGCUCGCUCGUGCGCCACCUCCUGGGCUUACUACUGCAGUCCUUGCUAUUUCACAGGCUUACCUAAUUGUCUCCCGGCGACGAGCGCGCCACCCGGACUGCUCACGCGCACGUCGUUUUUAGCUCCCUUUUGCAUGGUUAUAAAAUGCCUUUCCUAACGCUGCAGUGCCUCAAGGGACCGUUGCGUUUGGGAGCCAGGAACUAGUCAACGUUUCUCGCCUAGCAGCAACAAAGCACCUUCUCGCCCCGAGGAGUAAAAACCUUAACAGCGCGACCAGAAGCUGGUUGGUUUACUGGGAAGCCAGCGCCAUCGAUUCCGAGCGACCUGCUUAGGAUUUGAGCCUUAGCGCUAUCUUUGCUGGUCAAUAAACAGCCCACUCCUGCAGUGCAGUCCUACACGUGUCUCAUUAGCAGCAGGACCCACUGACUUAAAUUGGUCUGAUUCCCCAGGCAAAUGAAUUUACGAUUGCAGGAUUAGUGCCUCCUGCUGUUGGGCUGAAUAAAAGUUACAAGGUGCCUGAUAAACCUUACCAAAAGAAGUUGGUUGGGUUUGGACCGCUGUGUUUCACAACACUCCGUAGGGCAAAAAGUUCAGGUUACCUAAUCUUGCCAGCUUUCCUAAAUCUGAUACCUUUGGGCUGGAUUACAACUCCCAUCAAGCCUAGCAAUUGGCUGUACUGGCUGGGGGUUGAUGGGAAUUGGAAUACAGCAGCAUUGGAGUGCCAAAGGUUUCCCAGCCCUGAAUUUGGCUUUGCAGGGUCACUGGUGAGACAGCGGGUGGAGAAACUUUGAAGGAUUGACUCCAGAUAGUAAAUUUACAGUGAAAGGUAUGGAUAUAUAUAUAUUUGAAAGCAGAAUGGUUUGUCUGCUUAUGUGUUGUUCCAAAUGUCAAUAUGCAUUCCCUGAGAUGGAAAGCAACAAAAGCAGACCACUGUCUCCCACCAUCUCCCUCCCACACAAUUAAAAGAUAAAGGUAUCCUUUAGGCCUUAAUUUGUUUGUGCGGGUUGAAGAGAGAUGUUCCUGUAUUUAUGGAAAGACACAUGUUGAAGCAAAAUGAGUUGGUUUCAUAAGCAUUCUGGGCCAACAAAGGUCUCCUGUACUGUAUAUUCUUAUUAGUCUGGAGACAGAGAAGAUGUUUGAGUUUUUUAAAAAGAGCUAAUUUGUAUGGUGGAGGCAUCGUUGGUGUAUACAUUUACUGUCCCUCCACUAUCUCAGGGUUAAACAGAUUGUGCAGGAUUUCAAAAGGCUACAAAAACCUGCAGAACCUUUGAACCAGAGGUAAUCAAGGGAUAACUGAGCAAUUAUGCUUCUAUCAUACUCUUCCAACACAUUGAAAAUUGCCUGUUCCUGGCCUGGCCUGGUGCUGGAAACAAACAGAUGCUACCUAGUUCUACUAUGUUUCAUAGUGAUCAAGCACAGCUGAAGGCAGAUGUAAUUGACCAGGACACCCAAGAGUGGCAAAGCAACCCCUCCUUUGCUGGACUGGAGAGAGUUGGAGGAGUGGACCUGUCUUACAUCAAAGGAGAUGACACAAGUGCCUGUGCUUCACUGGUGGUGCUCAGCUACCCAGACCUUGAGGUAACCAUCAUAGAUCUCCCAGGUUUUAAAGUUGAGAACAGAAGGAAGGGCUCUUCGAGUUCUGGUAGAGCUGGCAUAGAAAGGAUAAUAAAUGUCAAAUGUUACAGUAUUCUUAGUUGCUGCCUGAGUAACUUUAAAUUAGUAGUUCUGUUUGUUUCCAAGCAUUGAAAGGCUGAGGAUAAGAUUAUGGCAGCAGUUCAGGGGUAAUUCAACAAGACACGUGAGUUUGAGGAGUUUCUGCCAAAUUAUGAUCGCUUGAUCACUAUAGGCCAGACAUAGGCAAACUCGGCCCUGCAGAUGUUUUGGGAUUACAGUUCCCAUCAUCCCUGACCACUGGUCCUGUUAGCUAGGAAUGAUGGGAGUUGUACUCUGAAAACAUCUGGAGGGCCGAGUUUGCCUCUGCCUGCUAUAGACUCUUAUGAGGAUGCUAAGAUGGUGAUGUGUGUAUAUUACUUCACUUGCUUGAGAAUGUGGUCAGCCACUCUUGCUCAUUCUGCUGAGUGAGUUACUCCACAAGGAAAUAUUUCACUCUGCAUUCUCCCUUGAUCUUUUUAGGUCCUGUAUGAAGACUGUUGCAUGGUAGCUGUGAAUGCCCCAUACGUGGCAGGUUUCCUGGCCUUCAGAGAAGUCCCUUUUCUUGUGGAGGCCCUGCAGCGGCUAGAGCAAAAAGAGCCUGGUCUCAGGCCCCAGGUGUGAUAUUUCCCGCCCUAUUCUCAAUCAGACCAAGAGUCCAUCUAGUCCAGGAUAUUUUCUUUCCUGCAGUGGCCAACCAGAUCCCUCCAACAAGCUCAUAAGUAGGGCUAGAAAGCAACAGCUCCCUCCUGCUGUGGUUCCCCAGAAGCUGAUAUUCUAUCAUCAUCAUCAUGCCAAUUAAUUUUUAUAUUGCUUACAUGCUGAAACGUCUUCUAAGCAGGUAGCAUACUGGUUCUGAACGUGGAAGGUUCCCUAUUGGUAUCAGCGGCUGCUUUUCUCUUUCCUUUGUGGGAAACUGCCACUAAGGACAUCUUUUCUGCAUAACAGUUUAGUGCCAACAUCUGCUUCACAGGAGAGCUCACCAGGCUACCAGCCCCACAAGGCAUCUGUGCAAAAAAAGAGGGAUGCCACCUAUGCUUAUUUAUACGGCAUCUAUAAAUGAAUGCAGAUUGCUAAAUCAGGAUUUGUUGCUCCUGAUUUAGUCUGUUGCUCUCUGUCUUGAUUUUACGUGCUCCUGUUUUAAUAUUUGGUUAAGUUUCCUUUUAUAUUGCUGAGUUGUUGUAAUCUUUUUUUUAAAAAAACAAGUUGCUUUUAGCAACAAGUAAGAAUAAUAACUUGGAUCCAGACUUAAUCAUGCUUUUGCAAUCAACGCAGUGAAAUCAGUGGGACUUAAGUGAGCUUUGCUAGAUCUGAGUGAUGUAGCAGUAGCCAGACAGGUGCCACUGCCACCCACACCUGUCUGUUUACCUGCUCAGCACAUUUCUCCUGCUACACUUCCCAUUGAAGCAUGUGCAGGGAAGCAAGGAGCUGCUGCAUCUCUGAGCGCAUGCCGAAGGGAUCCAGAGGAUCUCUAAAACGGCCUAUGUGGAGUCAUCCACAACUGCUACAGGAAUUCCCUCACAAAAGAGGUAAGACUGGAGAGGAAUAUUUGGAACCAAAAGGAUGGUGAGGCCUGAGGAACAGGCACUCUGCCACAUGUUCCUUCUGAACUUGAGGUGAGGGAAUUGUGUACAUUGCUCACUUUCUACCCCUCAGCUCUACAUCCUCAAUGAGGCAUUCCUGGGGUAUGAGACUCUGUGAUUGCAUCUCAUCUCUUUUAGCAUUGGGGGAAGAUGGUGUGAAUAUGUGGGUGCAUUCUCUCUCACACACCUUCAGUUAUUGCAAACAUCUCCCACCCUACAUCACCUGUCACUUAUGUCCCUCUUUGUGGCUUUUCUAGGUCCUGCUCGUAGAUGGAAAUGGCAUUCUCCACCACAGAGGUAAGACUCUUGAAUUGGCUUUUUAGUCUAGCAACAAUCGGAUUUCCCUUCCAUAUUUGGUUGGUCUGUUGUUGCGCCUGGGAAUUCUAGAGAUGCCAGCAUGGGGAGCGUCUCUCCAGCGCCUGCUCCCAUCUUUUACAGUGCCCUUGGGAAAGACGCCCUCAGUUUACACCCUCUCUCACACAAACACCCCACUCAAAGCGGGCAGACCACUUCCUUGACGUGCAGCGUAAAUUAAUAAUGCAGAGUUUUUAAGUGAAAAAAUAAGAGCUUUACUGAGUUAAAAUAAACUUCUUCAUAAACAACAUGGUUCCAAACAGUUUGACUGAGAUUACAUACUGACUCUGCUCACAACUGAGGCAGACUGACUCUGACUGAAAUCUUACUGAGAACACAGAGAAAAUGGCUGCUACUUAUAAGGAGAAUGAGUCACAUGUCAGAGUGACUCAACAGGUAGCAGUUAGGCCUGAAUAACUUUAGUAGGCCCAAAUGAUUGUGCAGUCCCAGCACUUCCCAGCCUGCUUUGCUGCUUCUGCUCUCAUGUGUCUUUGUCACAUGACAUUCCUUGCCACUGUCCCCUCACUCACCCUUUCCCUCUGGAGUCUGGACCCAGUUCUCCCAAAGGCUGCUCUUAUCACUGCUUGCAUGCUUGAGGAGAGCAGGUGAAGGAGCAGCAGCAAGAUGGGAGAGGAGCACCAGCCCCACAACUGGGUGGGGGCCUCCAUGGGUACCCUGUUGAUGCUGACCCCUGACCCUGGGUCCAGCUCCUUGCAAAAGUUUGUGGGCUUGCCUCUUUUGGCGUGCUUUAGCUUUCCUUUGACAGUUUGGAUCUCGCACCCUCAUAAAGAGACCCACAGCAAGUCGGAAAGCUCUCUCCCUGCCUUCUUUGCUUCAGCGUCUUCUUCCCACUUUUCCUUUGGCAGGCUUUGGCAUUGCCUGCCAUCUCGGUGUGCUCACAGGCCUCCCCUGUGUUGGUGUAGCCAAAAACCUCCUGCAAGUUGAUGGUCUGGCCAAUGAUGAGCUGCACAAGGAACAGGUAAGUCCGGGAUAGCGAUUCUGAGCUCACGUUCCAAUUCUCUGGCUCAGUGUAAGGAAGCUUUCUAUGAAUCGUAGAUCAAGUGAGCCUCUUGUAGGAAUUGUAGAAGAUUUUGCUGGUUUCUCUGCACUGCAGUUGCAGUUCCAACUAUGUACACGUGUGUGUGUGUGUGUGUGUGUGUGUGUGUGUGUGUAUUCGUGUAUUCCAUUAGAAUGGAUGCAUUGACCAACAUGCACUGUGUCAGGGAACCACAGCCAAUCUUGGAUUCCUGACGUGUGUGUGCAUAGACAUGCAUUUGUUGCAUGCACCUGAGAACGGUCUUACGGGUAAUUGUAAUGCGUUUCACGCAUUGUGAAGUGGCCCCCAAAGGGAAGUCACUCCUCUUUGCGUGGCGUGAUCCCUGCAAGUGAGAAUUCCACCCAGGCUACUCCUGCCCCAGAUGCUUCCUUCAGGGACUCGCUGUACAGAGCUGCAGGACUGAACAGAUACUAGCAAAGGAAAUGCCUGACGAGUGUGAUCCCAACCUCUUUUUCUUUUUUUUAAUUGUCUCCACUUUCAAUUCAUAGACUUUUUCACAGUUCGUUUACAUUUAUUGAGAGACAGUUUUGUCAUCGACAUCUUGCAGUUGGGGUGAGGGAAAGGAAUAGGUGAGGAGAGAAAUGGGGGUAUUGUUCUUUCAUUCUGUUGCCUGUGGUUAGUGUAGGGAUUUGUGUCUCACCAUCAUGUGGGUAGGUCCUUCGUUUACGUAUAUAUUUAUUUUUAAUCGAUAAGGCAAGAGAUUAGGGGUCCUGAGCUUGGUUGCUUGUGUUCAGUUGCUUGCAGUGUGGCUUGUUUGUAUGUAUGUGUAGGGGUGAGGGGGGAUAUUAGGUUGUUGGAUCCCAACCUCUUAAAGCAGAAGGAAUUCUAGGAAGUCACCUUACGAUCAAGUUUAUAAACCCCGUGGACUCAUUUUAGCUGCAACAAACCUAUUGUAUUCUAGAUCCAAGACCUUCAGGCAGGAGGAGACACAUUCCCCCUAUUGAGUACUUCAGGGAAAAUCUUGGGUAUGGUAAGUACUGGAGUGCAGAGAGGAGCACUGUUGAUAGUGAGCAGAGUAGGAAGCACUGAGCCCCUGCCAAGGGCGUCAUCAGGUAGAUGGGGAGUAGGCCCUGGUGGAUGUUGGCAAACACUCCUGGGGGGGAUGGCAGACCCCCAGUACCUCCGAGCAUCUCCCAGUAGGCACGUCUCUGGAAUGGCAUGUCCCUUCACUCCAGAGUGCCCCUCUGCGACACUUCUCAUAUGAAAAGUGCACACAAGUCUUCUGGCAUCACACAGCAAGAAGACAGAAACAUCCGUAGAUCUAAACUAUGUUUUACUCACAAUAUAUACAGAGAAUCCAUAAUCACGUCUGUCUUCUCCAAACUCUGGCAGAAACAGAAAGCAUACAGCAAAAGCGAACGUACAGUCCAAUAACACUCUCAGACGGAAGAGAUAAGACAGUCUUCCGUUCCCACACCCUUCUCAGACAUCUCAUGUGAUUUAUACUAAUCACAUUAGCCAGCAUCGGCUACAUAAAAUCCUAACAGUGGGUCCUUUGCCUGUACUUGAACCAGGCAGAGGGCCUUCCUGGUAGUGGCACCCUCCCUGAGGAACGCCCUCCCAUCAGAGGUCAAGGAGAUAAAGAACUACACAACUUUUAGAAGACAUCUGAAGGCAGCACUGUAUCAGGAAGUUUUUUAUGUUUGAUUUAUUUUUUUUUAAAGUAUUUUGGUGGAAGCAAAAUAAAACCCAGCCAGAUGGGUAGGGCAUAGAUUAUAAAACGAUGAGGAUGAUGAUGCUCCUCCAUCUGGCAACAACGAGCCCUGAACUGGCUCCAGUUGCUUUGGCGUUUGCACCCAACUCGUUGUCACUUAUACCAUCUUUUGUUCAUUUGUUUUUAAAUCUGCCCUAGGCUUUGCGCAGCUACGCCAAGAGCACCAAACCCGUGUACGUCUCUGUGGGCCACAAAAUGAGCCUUCUGUCUGCUGUGCAGUUAGUGCACUCCUGCUGCAGGUAUCGGGUUCCUGAGCCCAUCCGGCAGGUGAGAACAGGAUUUCAGGUGGAAGGGUGGUGCUGGCAGCCUCAGGCCAAGGGACCAGCUGAUCUGCCAAUUUGCCGCGUCAGUUGUAGGCUAACGCUUCGAGUGGUGGUUGACCUGAUGGCUGCUAGAAGGUUGCAAACAUGGCGAUGACCAUCGUCCUGUUGUUUGUCCUCAGUGUCUUGUGUUCUUAUGUCCUGUAUAUGCGAAGGCUCCAGUUUAGGUAUCUUGGCUGGUGAUAGCCAUCGAAGAUCUGUCCUCCAUGACAGGGGGUGGUAGCCUGCUGGUUUUGGCCUAAAUUGCCAAAGCACUCAGAACUUGGGCAAGAGCAAUCUGUCUCUUCUUUAGCAGGAUUAGCAGAGAGACAGAGAGGGAUGGGGUGGCAGACACAAGGAGUGGCAUGGCAACCCAGCCAGAUGGGCAGGGGGAUAAAUUAUAAAAUUGUUGUUGUUGUUAUGGACCACUUUUAGCUCUGGCCCCAUCCACUGCUGACUACUACCCUGCCCACUCCUGGCAUGUGACCACCAGCAAAUUACACCUGUCAUGGCCGCCGGCCACCUGCCAGCUAGCCAGCCUCUGGGCCCUGUGCCAUCUAAGGGGAGGGUCUUCCUGGCUAACACAGAGUGUAAUCCUCUGCUCAGCCGAUUCUUCCUUUUUAAAUAACUUGCUGCCACCAGGUAAAGCAGGGGAACUUUUUCUUUCUAUCUUUUUUUACAAUACUGCCUUAAACUUACAAGGCUGCCUUAAAUCAGGCUUAAACUCUCCCCUGGGGUCUCCCUGAAACUUUUCAAGGUACUGCAAAGUUUAUGGCUCCCAGGUAGGAGGGUGUUUGCAAUCAGCUUAGACAUCCCCCCCCCCAGGUUUAUGAAAAAGCAAAAGGAAAUGACUAAGAUUGGAUGGAAAAAAUAUGGUGUUUUAAAGAAAAGGUAUUACAAGGAAAAGUUACAGAAAAGCAUUAUAUUCCCCAAUGGAGCAAAAUAUCAAAAUAGAUUAAAAUGUGAUCCUCUUUUCCUCUUCUCUCAUUGCAUGCACUAGAGCUGGUUCUCACUUCUUCUCACAAAGCCUUUUCUUAUCACACUGAGACCCACCUUGGUCUGCCCACCUCCAAACUACAGUGGUACCUAGGGUUACAAACGCUUCAGGUUACAGACACUUCAGGUUACAGACUCCGCUAACCUGGAAGUAGUACCUCAGGUUAAGAAUUUUACCUCAGGAUGAGAACAGAAAUCGCGUGGCGGCAGCGGGAGGCCCCAAUAGCUAAAGUGGUACCUCAGGUUAAGAACAGUUUCAGGUUAAGAACGGACCUCCGAAACGAAUUAAGUUCUUAACCCGAGGUACCACUGUAUUCUAAAUGCUUAAAAACAACAACAAAACUUUGUUUACCUGCCCCCACUUUAUAUGUUCAAUUCCUCCUGUCAGGCUGCACAAGUUCACCUUCUAAUCCCCAACUGGAUGUACGAGAUAGUAUACAGCAUUUCAUAAAAGCAAGGCUCAAUUCCUUCACAACCUUCAAGGUGGGGAAUCGCCGACCCAUAAGCCGAAUUGGACCUGCCAAAGCUCCCCAUUUUGUUUUGUGAGGCCGUUUUAGCUAAGCCAUGCCCAUGCAUGCAUUACAUAUGACAUGGGCCAGAUCCAGCACUCCAGCCAUUACAUCACACCAGCUGUUCCUUUUGCUUUCCAAGCACGUAUGUGCAUGCCCUUUUAUGAGGUAAAAAUUGUAAAAAAGCUCAACAACUUCAAUCCUUAAAAAAUCUCAACAACUUUGGUUGGCCCUCUGGUUGGCCCUCAUGGACCUUCACUUUAUCAAAUCUGGCCCUCUUUGAAAAAAGUUUGGACACCACUGUCCUAGCCAAUGACAUUUUCUCCUGUCACCCCUCUGUCAAUCAUGCCACUGCAUAAGGGGAGCAAUUUGCUUUUACUGAGAAAACUAUAGGGUGCCCAACUAUAGGUGGAUGAAGUCUCCCAUCCGAAUUUCAUGCCUGGGUGUUCCUGGAGUGCAGGAUUUGAUAUCACUGCAUGAUAUAUUACUGCCUACGAUGCAGGUGGAGGUUGCCCACAAAUAACUGGCAAACCUGCACAUCAGCAGACUUAAAUGGCAAACACGAUGAUAAAAGGAGUAGGCUAAAUUGACCACCUCCUUCCUAAGGCCUCUCUUUUCUUGACAUGGAAAUCCCUUGCCAGCUGUAGUCCCUUUGAGAGGCUGUGCACUGGCUGGCUGGCUGGCUGAAUAGCUCUAGCGGCAUUGCUCACAUCAGCAGACUGCGGUGCUGCCUCUGGCUCAGGACCCUGCAAGAGGGUCUGCAGAAGCUACCAGUUGAGAAUGCAGCCAGAAGGUGGCAGUGCUAGACCACCUUUCUUAACCUGGAGGCUGCAUUUGAGCAGCGGGAGAUUGUAGAGUGGUGUGUGGGCAAUCAGACAUGCCAAUAGCCUGUGCCUUUGCUGACUGCAAGGUAGGAAAAAGUUCAGGAGAAGCGGCUUUUCCCUUCUCUGUAGCAGGGCCCAGCUACCAUAACCACAGGGAACGUUUCUUAGACGGCGGAGUGUGCGUAGUUGGGGCUCCCUCUUGAUCUGUGGUUGCUUCGCACGAACACGCACAUGCUCAUCAUUUAUUGGCUACAGCAUUGCCUAAGAAGCCAUAAUAGUUCAAGCAUCAGAGGGAGGGAACGAGAGGGAGAGAGAUAAAUGCUUGUGCUGCGCCACAUCAGCACAAACACAAGGCCUUUCGGUGUGAUCGGUUUGCGUUUCCAAGUCACCAAGUGUUCAGUGAUCCAAGGUUUUGUGUGCGCUUGAGAAUGGAGCUCAUUCCAAUGUAUAUUUGAAAAGAAAAACUGCUCCAGUGUUUCUGUUUGAUUUCUGCAACAUGCCCCACAUCUCACAACCCCUCUAGUCAUGGUGGGCUGCUUCACCCCUACCCCUGCUCUCACUACUACACAGGAGAAAGUCCCCUGUCUGAAAAAGAGCCGGAGGAAAGCUUGCUGUGUAAUUUUAGGCCCUUCUUUCCAUGCUUCCCAGCACUGGAAUGAAACAGAUUCCAGUCCAGUGGCAACAGAACUUCCAUGCUCCACAGUCUCCAACCAUGCCCUGGUCUGAUAUGCCCAAAUCUCUUCCCAAAAUACUCCCGGCAUAACCUCCAGCCCCUAAUGCUGCUGCUGCAGCUAGUCUAUUCCAAAAAUAGGUGUGAUCUGGGGGGAUUAUUAAGGCAACAUGAUCCAUCUUAUUGAUUAGCCUCUUGGUUUAAUAAGCCGGGUUAAGCUGACUCUUAGCACAGUGCUAGGAGUGAAGACUGGCAAGACUUUUUUGCAAUAUAAAAGGACACUUAAUGAUGCAUCAGAUAAACUUGCUUUGGGAGUGUCUCCCAAACCCAGGCUACCAAAAGUGAAAUGAAGGUAGCUCUUGAUGCUGCUGCCAGUUAGUGUAACACUUGAUAAACUAGAAAUGAAAUGCCCCAUGUUCUAUUGAAAUAUACUGGAAUAUAUUUAAAUCCCCUGGUUAUGAACCCAUUUGGGCCACUAGGGACUGGAAGUCCCUGUUCGUGAAUUUCAUUGCAAAGCCAACUUUUUAAUCAAAGAAGCAGAGUUAUUUGUCAGCUGGGUGUAAGAUGAGAGAAAUUCAUCCAGUGAAACAGUUCCACCUAGAGCCAUUUUCCAUUUUCACUCCAAAUGGAUGGAUUUAUUUUGGAAGAACAGGGUGGCUUUUAGCUUCUACUGUAGCAUACAACACAACUUACUUGUUUGAGCCAUCUAGAUUCCCUUGUCCCAAAGGGAAUUCUGGUAUGGAGCUGAAUGAUGGGGACUAAUGAAAAGUGUAGGAGAAGGAGUCUCAAAGUUUGUCAUAAUGAACCUUCCCAAUGUUGAGAGAUGCUGGUAGCUGGCAGGCAUUGAAAAGCAGCACAUUGCAAAAUUCCCCUAAUCUAACUCUUAUUAAAUGUACCAUCUCAGUAUGGACCUGACAAGCUCUAAUGGAACAGUGAGACCUAAGAAGCAAUUGGGCUGAGGGUCUGAUACAAUCAGCCAUGUCAUUUUUGACCACAGUUCCCAUUGCAUACAAAGACUAACGCUGCCUCUGUGUACACAUGUAAGCUUCUCUCUCUUCAAAGGCAUUAGUUGAGCUGCAGUGGUAUUAAAGAAUAUUAGCCAGUUAUAGGGGGAGAAGAGGAAAUCUUCAUUUUUAGCAUUCCCCAGUGAAAGUGGGGGGGGGGCAAGCUUUGCCUUGGGCAAAAGCGGAGAAGAGGCUUGAGGGUGUGCAGGACAACUGUGUAGCUACAUGGAGGAGAGGGAAAGAUGCCUAGCUAGGGGACAGGAGGAGCUCUCUCUGCAGAGGGCAAGGAGCCUGGCUGCUGGGACCCCCAACUGCCAAGGCGAUGGGAGGAAGACUCUACCGGGGACGCUUUAAUAGGAGCAGCUGCACUAUGUUUGGGGGACAAGAAGGACAACGGCUGAAUGCCAUGUAUUGGUUUGAAAUAGUUAACGAAAACCAGUGGUUAACAACAACAGAAAGAAAGUUAACCUGUCCAAAUAUGGGCAAACCAACUUUGUCCUGCGGAGUGCUGCAGAAACUCAAUCCCAAGUGAUAGGGGUUCGGGAGGCAGAUUAUUCUGUGAUAUUUAGGAAGCCUGGAAGAUGGUGAAACUGGGUAUUGGCUUGUACAUCAGGCCUAAGCAUUGCAAAUGGAGCCCUUCCCUUGCUGCCCCCAUGGAUUCAGUUUACAACAUGCAGGCUUGGAAGAUCUAGGGCAUGCAUGGGGUAUAUUGUGCCCUGGACCUUCUGCUGGUUCAUGGCAUGAAAUGAGACCUUCCUCAGAUAACUCUGUAGGCAUGGCAGGGAGAGUCUGAGCUGCACCAUGCAAGUUACAAUGGGUGCCUCUAAGCCCUGGCAAAAGCCAAUGGCAAUUCAGAGGGGCUGGAGACUUGUGUGCAGGCCUAAGGUGGCCUGGUGAGAUCUGUUCUGAAUCCUGGCUGGCCAACCACAGGAAAUGAUAAACCCUCCACCCCAUUCUCAGCCCUGGCACAGGGACUAUCUCAAAUGACUGCUGGUCAAACACACCAAGUCUUUGCUCCAAGUGGUGUGAGAAGUGAUCAGAAAUUGGGAAGGGUGGCUUGUGGGAUGUCUUUAUUGUCUACCAUCUGGUGAGCUCUGAGUUAGUGGCAGCAAUUUCCCCUACAAGGGUGAUGAGCCCAUUCAGAUGGUUCAUCCUUGGAGAUUUAUUGGAUCUCAUGAGUUCCUAAACCUUUCCAAUGAGGAAAGCUUAUGAUCCCGUUGCAGCCCUGGUCUCGCUGUCAGGUAUAUUUGUUUUUAAAACCAUUGCUGUAAUUAUUGACAAUUAUUUUAUAUACACCACUUAAAUAUUUUUCUGAGUAAGCAAUCUAUAAUUUUUUUCCUAUAUAUAUAUAUAUAAAUCAAUAAACCCAGCCAGACCACAAAUCCUCCACCAAGUAUUGGCUUGUUCUAGAAUUAGGAAGUGAUUCCCCUGGGAAGCCUAGUGAAAUAUGUUCCCCAAGGAAUCAUGUGACAACCCAUGAUGAGAAUUUUAUCCCACUGGCUCUCUGCUAUUUCACUCAGCUCAGCCAUUUUGGCAGCAUGCGCCUGCUCACAUCACUUCUUCCUGAACACUGAACUGGCACACCUGCUGUUUGAGCCGGCGAAUCAGUCAAAAACUCUCACAUACAUACAUGCACAUGCUCACAUACAAUAUAUUCAUAAUUAACUGCUUGAAUUGCCUUUGGAAAAUCUCUAACCUGCUGUACAAGUCAUAGGUAUAGAAGACCAUUUUCUCCAAGUUAUUCAGAAGGCAGUUCGCAUUGAAUCAAGACAUGGAUUAGGGAAGGCUCACAGCAGCUCAUGCCUGCAGAGUACAUUCUGUGCAUUGUUGUUGUUGUUGUUGUUUAGUCGUUUAGUCGUGUCCGACUCUUCAUGACCCCAUGGACCAGAGCACGCCAGGCACUCCUGUCUUCCACUGCCUCCCGCAGUUUGGUCAAACUCAUGCUGGUAGCUUCGAGAACACUGUCCAACCAUCUCGUCCUCUGUCGUCCCCUUCUCCUUGUGCCCUCCAUCUUUCCCAACAUCAGGGUCUUCUGCAUUCUGUGUGUGCAGAAGGUCAAAUCCCCAGCAUUUUAACUUUUAGAAGGGGUCAGGUCAGAAGUGACAAUGAGAAAGAUGGCUUCCAGAGUGGAAACACCCAAGGCUAAGUGGGCACAGGGUAGCCUGACCCUUCUACAAGGCCUCUGGAUUUGUUCCUUGAUUUCAAUGCCCGUUCUGUAAAAAUAAUAAAAAAAUGGCACCCAUGGCAGUAGACAGGUGUCAGGGAUGUGUUUUGUUGCCUAAUUACUUGAGCCAGAUUGGAGCGUAGCCUGGAAUUAAUAUGGAGGCCUUGUGGUGAGUUGUUGGGUGAGAGGUCAGUCCAGAAAAUUUUCCUCAGAUGGUUGGCCUAAGCAUGGGCAGGACUGGGCUUUGGGCGUUUCUUCUUCCUUGUUCAUUAGGCGUUAUUUAUUCCCUCUCAUCCCACCACAAGCUCCUCAGAUACAACUACAGACAUCAGCCAGCCAAAACAAACUGUCCCCCCCCCCCCCCGUUCUGUUUUCUGCUCUGAUUCCAGGCUGACAUAAGAUCCAGAGAGUACAUCCGGAAACAUUUGGAAGCCGUCUCUGCAUCACCUCAGCCAGAGAGGUAGGUGUGGGCGAUUGGGUGGGAUGCGUGGCCGCGCAUCCCCUUUGGGCAAUCUGCUUUUUUAAUGCUCUUCAGUAAUGGCAUUAAAGGGACAGCUAGGGUAACUUGGCAAGGUGAAAUGACCGCAGGGCCCACACAGCCUCCGGGAGCAGGCUAUUUCCAGCAAAGCACCGUGUUGCGCCAUGUGUUCUCUAGGUAAUCACGUGGCUCCGCGCUGGACAUGGCAGAAAUGCGUUUGGUCCGCGUUUGCCUUCAGAAGGUCACAGAGGAUUUGCUAUCCUUUGAGCAAAUGCAACAGAAGCCAGUGGUGGUAUUGCAGAAAAAUGCAAGUCUUGAAAUGGAUGGGGUGGGCAGAAGGUAGACUUCUGGCUGCUCUUCUUGGGAGCCAGUGUGGUGUAGUGGUUAAGAGCGGUAGUCUCGUAAUCUGGUGAACAGGGUUCGCUUCCCCGCUCCUCCACAUGCAGCUGCUGGGUGACCUUGGGCCAGUCACACUUCUUUGAAGUCUCUCAGCCCCACUCACCUUACAGAGUGUUUGUUGUGGGGGAGGAAGGGAAAGGAGAAUGUUAGCUGCUUUUCGACUCCUUUGGGUAGUGAUAAAGCGGGAUAUCAAAUCCAAACUCCUCUUCUUCCUCUGCAGUAGAUUUAUCCACAGUUUCUUUCCCAAUUCCCACUUGUUCCACAAUUGCAACAGCAAAAUUGCUUCGCACAACCUGCCCUUAUGAGUUAGGCUACUGAGAAGAUGAAGAAAGCUUGGGGGAAAACCCUGAGUGGAUUUGUGUGUGUCAGGAUUGUGUAGCUCAGUUUCUGUCACUGUGAAAACCAAUUCUUGGGCUGAGCAUGUGCUCUGCUCUACCCUGUUCCCUGGUUUUCUGUUGCCACUAUGUUGAACCCAGUUUCAGUUGGUUCUUGUAACGAAACCAAAGUUGAUCCUGCAAGCCUGGAGGUUGCCCAUUCCAGUUCAGAGUUGCAGGACUCUGGCAGCUCUGGGCAGUGAGACUGCUGCAUCUUCUAUGCUGUGUUAAAUCCGCAGUCACCCAGGUGAUGUUUUGCUCCUACAAACCAACCCACGUCACUCCGGCUUGCAACCAGGGCAGAUCUGCUCUGUUCAGAGGGGGAGGGUGGAGUUUAGGAGGAUAGUUGAUGAGGAAAGGGAUUAAUCUCUGAAUGGUGCAGCAGAACUUUUAAAAAGCAUUUGACCUAGCGUGGUGGGGAGGGGCAGAUUAGGUGCUGUGGAUCAGGCGGCAAAAUGUUUUGGUCUGGCCCUGUUUGCCACUCUGCUCCAAACCCUGUUUUCAUUCCAGUUCAUUUCUGCUUCAUUCCAGAUCUGCAAUCCAAAUGUGAUGCUAUGUCCAAAUAAUAAGCCAGAAUCCAUUUUUUUAUGCUGUCAUUAUUGUCCUUUCACUGCACUUAUGACCUGCCUGUUAUCUGUAGUGGCUUCAUUUUCAGCCCCUAGAUCCAUUUUCAGCCUAGAAUGUCCACUGACCCUGGGACCACCUCCAUUCAUAAUACGCAAGCCCUGCCUUAGAGGUUAAAGGCAGCCAGAGAAGCUGUUUUGAAGAUGCUUCCCCUCCGUAAUCUGACAGUUGCCUUCAGGCUGAAGCUCUUGGAGGAGCAGGGAUCGUAAUCCUGGCAGGGAGGGAGUGAUAGGUGUUUUAAGUGAGUGCAAGUGUCAGCCCCCCUGAAAGGCUAUUAGCAUUUAUCUGCAGGCGGGAUAAUGGAAGAGGUGAAGAUGAGGCAGGCCAAGUCCCUCUGCAGAGAGCUGGCAAAUUGCCCUCCUACCCUUUGGAGCCUGAUGCAUGCAGGAUUCUGCCUUCAUUCAGGGCACUGGGGUUUGAGAACCAUCUGCCACCAUCCCAGCUGUUGUUGUCUCUGUUCAGCUCAAGGGGUGCUGAGUGCAGGAUACGCCCCCAGCGUGCGCUGCCCCAGGCCAAGGCUCUUGUGCCCUCCUGUCCCAUGCUGCACCUGCUUUUUAUGAUAGUUGUGUUUGCGUGUGUGUGUGUGUGUGUGUGUGUGUGUGCAUGUGCUGGGAGUGUUUACCAGGGCUGCAAGUUUUUAACAGGUUUGCGUUGCUCAGCGUAACCCCCAAAUGGCGCUGUGCUUGAUCUAUUCUAGAUUCAGGAAAGGUACAUGGAUUCUGAAUUUAUUGUUAUUCACGUUUUAUACUGUAUUUUACUUUUGUUGCAUCAAUUAAGUGUUUUAAAUUUGUUGUUAGCCGCCCUGAGCCCGGUUUUUGAACUGGGAUGGGCGGGGUACAAAUAAAAAAUUAUUAUUAUUUAUUAUUAUGAGAGGUGGAUUCUCUCCACCCCCAGAUCAUGGAUUCCUCGGUGCUUUUUGUUCUAUACUCCUUUUACACAUUCUAGGCUAAAAAGGGAAAGACACUCUGAUGUAGGUGCUUAUUCUGCCCACACUUUCCCAGAGGUACAAGCUAUUUUGAUGCCUUGAGCUUCACCUCUUUCUUGCUGCUGUUUGCCCCUGUCAUAGGUUUCCAACAAGGCUCACAGUGCAGGGGCAGAGCUGGGCAGCACACGUUCGCCAUGGAAAUCCUGUUCCAACCAAGAAAAAUAUUGCAUGCCAUCUCUGCUUAGGCCCUGAUUUCUCUAGUGCUUGGGAGGGUGUGGGUAUGCAGUUCCAGGGCUUCUGUUCUGCACAAUUCUGAUAUGUUGGGGACACCCACCACCAAAGGCACACUGCCCUAUGGCUGAUCUUGUGGGGGCUACAUCUCAGAAGUGGGAAUGGCUUAAAUGCAAAAGGCCACAAGCGAGGCCUGCAGUUCUCAAGGCUGCCUUUUGAGAACCUUUACCGUCAACUAUUCUACGAUGUCUUAAAUCAUGCCUUAUCAUUCAUUAUUGAUUAUUCAGUUCAGGAAAAAACAAAUUAAUUUUUUAUUGAAGGACAAGUAGGGGUGGGGGUGGGGAGGGCGCAGUGUCCUGGGGAAUCACAAAAAGCUUUUUAGAUCACGGUGUCGCAGCAGGAGGCCAGUAAGGGAAAACGUACUUCAUUGUGUGUGUGUGUUUUUCAAAAUUGAAAGCUAUAUAUUGGCGGGGUCGAAUGUGGCAAGUUGUGGGGUCUGCAAAAAAAACUUUUGGCAUCAAAGCAGGGGACCCUCGAGAGCAAUGUGUGUGUGUUUAAACAGGGUUGGGGAACAUUUUUCAGCCUGAGGGCCACAUUCGCUUCUGGGCAACUUUCCAAGGGCCGUCCGUAUCCUUGUGAUAGGUUGGACUUGAGAGAAAAAUGAGGAAAUGUAAAUUUUACCCUGGUGCAUUAGGCUUGUUUACACACACACACACACACACACACACACACACACCCCUUCUCUAUCCCCCAUCCUGACAAGGAAGAGAUACUAACAGAGUUCUAGUAUUUAUUUUAGCUGGAGUACGAAGCAGGACAAGGGCGAAGUAGAGUUCUGAGGGAUAGCUAGAGAGGCCUAGCGGGCCGCAAAUGCCUGCCGCCAUUUUAAAAGAUGGGCGCAUUGAGAAGGGACCCAGAAAAAACAUUUGCAGUCAUGGACUCAUAGUGGGGGACUCAUGCAUGCAUAGAGAAAAUAAAUAAUGCUUUAAAAAAAAAAAAAUACAACUUUGUGGUAGCGAGUUUUGUGAGGGGGCAGGGCAGCCUACGGCCUGCAGGGCAUAUCUUAGCCACUCCUUGUCUAGUAUGAGCUGUGCCAAGUUGCAAGGCCUGAGACCUCCCCACCCCCCAAGUGGAGGUUGGUGUUAAGGGCACUUUUCUUUAGCAAGCCAGUUCACUUUGACUGAGAAGUCCUAUUGCAUUUUGAGGGGCUUUACUAGAAAGUAAAUGAGCUGAGGAUUGCCGCUUCUGUUCCUCCAGGUAUCACAGCAGCCGCCUACAAAUACAGAAACCUGCGACUGUAGGAACUGUUCCCGUCAAUAAGUAAUCUCCAAAUAGUGGCUUUUGUUGAGAUACUAAAAAUGUUACACAAAUUGGCUAAUUAAUUAGCUAACGGCAAGGCUGUUGAUGAGAUUUUUUUUUAAAAAAAACUCUAAUUUGUUUGGCAGCUGUGGAAGUGUUCGUUCUUUCCCCCUCUUUUUAAUACCUCCUCUCCUCUCUAGGAUGAGUGAAGACGCAGACUCUGAACAUUAA